AAAUAUGGCCACAAUCACUAUCAUCUUAAAAGUCAACUGUUGCGUCUAAGUUCAAUAAAACUAUCUUAAUAUGUAGAAAGUGUAAGCAUGUUUGAUAAAUCAACUACUUCUGAUUAAAGAAAAGGAAAUGGAGGUUGCCGGAUAUGAUCGUGCACGAGUUUUAAAAGCUUUCGACGAUGCUAAAACCGGUGUCAAGGGACUUGUUGAUGCUGGAGUCGAAAAAAUCCCUCAAAUUUUCGUUACGCCCCCGGAUAUUGUUGCACAGACAGGUGAUACAAACAGGGAAGAUUUUAGUAUUCCUGUAAUAGAUCUCGAAUGUAGUGAAAAGGAUUCCAUUGUGGAGAAGAUCAGGCAUGCUUCAGAAACUUGGGGAUUUUUUCAGGUGGUUAAUCAUGGAAUUCCAGUUAGUGUACUGGACGAGAUGGUUUGUGGCGUACGCAGGUUUUUUGAACAAGAUACUGAAGUUAAGAAACAAUUCUAUACGCGCGAUGUUACGAGAAAAAUUGUGUAUAAUAGCAACUUUGAUUUGUAUAGUUCACCUGCAGCUAAUUGGAGGGACACAUUUUUCUGCUUUAUGGCUCCAAAUCCUCCGAAACCAGAAGAAUUGCCAGAUGCAUGCAGAGACAUACAAAUUGAAUAUUCAAAACUCAUAUUGAGCUUGGGGUUUCGACUAUUUGGUCUACUUUCCGAGGCUCUUGGACUUGAUCGUAGCCACCUGAUGGAUAUGGACUGCGCAAACGGGCUUACAUUUGUGUGCCAUUAUUAUCCAGCAUGUCCAGAGCCAGAAUUGACCUUAGGAGCAAGCAAACAUACUGAUGAUGGCUUUCUCACAGUGCUUUUGCAAGACCAAAUUGGAGGUCUUCAGGUUUUUCUUGAAAACCAGUGGAUUAAUGUUCGUCCAGUGCCUGGUGCUCUUGUGGUAAAUAUUGGAGACCUUUUACAGCUUAUAUCAAACGAUAAAUUCAGAAGUGUUGAGCAUAGAGUAGUGGCGAAUCGCGAAGGGCCAAGAGUAUCAGUGGCAUGCUUUUUCAGCACUUCUUUAGCACCAUCUACCAAACUGUAUGGACCAAUUAAGGAGUUGAUAUCAGAGGAUAAUCCUCCAAAAUACAGAGAAACAACUGUGCAGGAGUAUGUAUCCUACUCGUAUUUUAAAGGUCUUGAUGGGACGUCCCCCUUACUGCAUUUCAGGAUAUAAAUUUGGCACUUGGAAUAGCAUGAAUGGAUGAUUUAUACUUUACUGCUUUGAAAUGUAAUGUUAGAUACUAAGCAUAGCAGAAAACAUAUAUUGUACUAAUGACAGUGAGUUAUAUAAUCUUUUCUUGUGGUUGGAGCCUCUUUUUUAGA